AUGAGAUUAUCUGUCAUUGCCAUUGCUAUUACGCUUGUUGUUGCUGGUGUACAAGCCCAAUCACCCAACGUUAAACAAGAUGCCGUUCAAGUAACACAAUCUCAACAAAACAACAUUGGACCUGCUCGAAUUGCUGUUAAUAAACGUUAUGAUGAUGGCAAUUUGCAUGGUGACUAUGAAGGCGAUGAUGAAGAUGGCGAAGAAGAGGAUGAAGAUCGCCGACGACCACGUCAUUCACGUCAUCGUGGAUCCAGAGGAAGAAGCGGACAACGUGGUGGUCGUGGUGUAGUGGAACCCGCAGCAUCCAAACUUGGACGCAUUGUCGAUAACACAGCUCUUGGAAAACUCGGUGGCGUAACCCAUUCUGAUCCUGAUGUUUAA